GGGAUCAUCAGGACACAGGUAUGUGAACUUAGCUCAUCUCAUCUGUGUUCUAGCUAGAUGUUUAACUGUAACCCUAAUAACGUACACGGGAACAUGACCGGACUUGUUAAUCCAUUUUGAUUUGUUUUAAUUGUUUUUAUUGUAAUCCAAAAUAUUCUCAUAUCAUAUACAUUUUAAGAUGUAAAUGAAAGCAAGUUGUAUCACGUUACAUUAUGUUAACAUUAUAUAAGUGUGUCCUCAGCAAUGUUCCUUCAGUGAUUCAAAUGCUAAGACAUCUUAACGUGCUACAAUAAGGUAUCAUAUUUACAACCGACAGUUUGAAUAAUUAAGUCAAUAUAAGAUCGUGUUUAUAUCAAAUAUCAAAAGCAAAACAUGCACCAUUAUUGAUGACAAUCAUGCACAUUCGACUGCAUAUUUGUUAAGAUUCAGGUUUCUUUUUACAAAGAUGAUCCAUUUCAUUUUGUUCAAUACUUGUAAAUAGACAACGAUUACCAAAUCAAAUUUAAACCACGUGGUGCGUCUUUAAAUUACCAAUAUAGCAGAUAAAUAUAGUAAUACUAUAUCAUCGAUUGUCUCUUUAAAUUGUCAGUAUUUGUUUUACUCAACUUAUUCUUUGUAAGAAGGCGUAAUUGAGUCGAAAAAUGGUUGAUUGUUUGAGUAAAUCUCGUAAUCAAAGAUAAAGUGUAGGAUUGAGACGUCGGAAUGAUUGACACGCAUUAGCUGCGCGACAAUUUCAUCGACGUGAUUUGAAUAUAGCGGAUUGUCAUUGGAAAAGAGCCAUGCCCAUCUGGCUCGGUAUUCUGACUGUCGUGUUGCCAAGUCUGGCCUUUGCCAACCAGACAACCACGAAUGCGACCUGUUGCCAUGAGGAUAGCAGUGUUAACAGAGCGGAAAUCGCCGCCAUUGUACUUGGGAUCAUCUUCCUGUUGCUCAUUGGUGGAGCAGUGGUGAUCUGCAUCCUUUUCUAUAAGGGCUACCUGGGUCGGGACCCAGAAGAGCAGGCGACAGUAAUGCCGCUGUUUCCGGACAUCUUCACCACGCCGUCCAGCUUGCGAGCCGUAAGCUAUCAAGCCAUUUUAAAGUCGAAGAAGACGAGGCAAUCAUUGUUGAAAAACACUUCAUCGGAGCCGAUCAUAUACAUCGACGACGACAUAUACCAUCCACCCAAUUCACGGCCAUUGCCGACCAACAGUGUACCCGCUGUGCCUUAUCGAGAGAGAGAAAUCAAUUCAAAAGUACAUAAUUAUCGGGGAUCUGAGAACCGUCAGAAUAGGAGCUUUCCUGAACGGAAACGGUCCAGAAAACAAAAAUCCAGACGACAUACCAAAAUAGUCCGAGACAUCCGACCGGAAUCAGCCCCAGCUCAUGUGCGCGAGAGAGUUCAUUCCGAUGGUCUGGAUGAAGAUAUUAUUGUAAUUCCGGACACCGGUCGGUCGCUGAUCAUAACUACCGAUUAUGGUGCUAAGAAUCCAUACAUGGAUUACACUGUACUGUCCAAAUCACAAUUGUAGAAAUACAUUGUUCUGUAUGAAAACACUAUCCUUGGAGUUUAUACAGAUUUUUGUACUUUUGUCUUUGUUUCGCAUAUGGUUUGGUUCCAUUUGCAAUAUUUAGUGUUGCGGUUACUUAAAUAUAAUUCAUUGUCAGCUUACAUAAAACAUCUAUACACAUUUACCCAUUUAUAUAUUUGGAUUAUUAAUAUAAUAAUUACUAGCAUAUUAGUAUCUAUAUGAGUAAUAUUGUUGUGUGUUGUUUCAUUUUAACUUAUAUAUUAAACUGCUAUUGCUUAGACUAUUUUCAUACGUUGGAACUUUUGUACUUUUUCACGAUAAAACUGUUCGUUUGAAGUUGCUUCCUUCAAUCUGAACCACAUCAAGUAGAUACAUGGGCUAUGCCAUCUGUCAUGUUUUAAUGGCAUUGGCCAUUCCAUCAGUUGGCAAUGUUGAAAAUGCAGAUUAAAAAAAGUGUUAUAAUGUCCAA